AUGGCCAUUACUUCCAGCGGCUAUUCAACAAAUCGCUCAUCUAAUUUACCAUUAUGGGAUGAACCUUUGUUUGUACAAUGUGCUUUGACUUUUGCUUUAGGUGGAAUUGUUACAUUUGGAAAUGCAUUUGAAGAAGCUAUCACAUACCCUAUUAUCACUCAUUUAAAUUUGAUACCUCCUACCGCUCUUGUUUCUAACUCGCGUCGGGCUAUCCUUUCUUCUGGAUUAGUAGAUCUCUGGGGUAAAAGGUGGCAUCAUGUUUGGCGUCGUAGUUAUGUCAGGUUAGCUCGGUUGAUACCAGGUGCAAAUAACCCACUCGUUCACGCCUUUGCAACAUUCUAUAUAAGUGCUGUAAUGCAUUGUAUUCUCCUCUCCCGCUUGUAUCCAACCCCGACUCUCUCCAAUCCAGUAACUUUUUUAACAUUAAUCUUUGAACCAGGAGUGAUGAUGUUUUUCCUAAGUCAAGGAAUCGGAACAGUAAUAGAAAGAGUUUGGUUACCAGUACGACCAAAUGAUGGAAUAGGUAAAAAACUUUCGAGGUGGUUAUGGUUAUAUUUUGUUUUAAUUGGAUCUGGUAGAUGGGUUACUAAUACUUUAGUACUUAAAGGUGUGAUGGUUAAAGAUCAGUGGGAUAUGUUAAAUUGGUCGGUGGUCAUUAAGAUGCUCUUCGGAUUGAUUUGGCCUCCUUCUAAUCUUUCUGGAUUUGGUUAA